AUGGGUUUAUUGUACCGAUCUUGUGGCGAGGAAGGGAAAAGGAGGCAUCAAGAAUUGGUCAACCAUCGCUUAAAUCUCUCUCUCUCUCUAGGAGUGGCAGUCCUGGGAUGGAAGUAUAUAAUGUUCCUGAACAAGGACAUGCAGAUGCAUAUCUUGAUGCAAGGUGCUGAAUCAAAUUCACAGAUCACCAGUCCACUCCUUGAACAUUUUGAAACCAUGUACAACGAAGGAGUCCCGGAGUAUGUUGUCAAUCAGGGCUUGUAUUAUCCUACUGCCACCAACUAUGGAUAUAUUUGUACAGCAUUUGAAUCACCUGGUGACUGGGAUGAUCCCCAUAGAAUUUUUGGUCUGGAUGGUCAAGAAAUCCAGUACACGGGUGCACCAAAUGAAAGUCUUCCAUAUGUAUAUUAUAUACCUGGCUAUGGAUAUGCACAAUCUUCAUAUAACCCAUACAACCCUUACAUUCCUGGUGCAAUGGUGGGAGUUGAUGGAUCAUUUGUGGGGGCACAACAGUAUUAUACCAUGCCGUCUUACGAGAAUCCUGUUUCUUCACCUGCUUACAUCCCCAUGAUUGCAAAUAGUACAACAGACCCGUUUGUUCAUAAUGAUUCAUCUGCUAAUCGAGCUGAUGGUCCAGCUCUUGAGCAUAAUCCAUUUUCAAAAUCUCCUAAAUUUUCUCCUACUCCAUUAGGUACUGCUUCUAGCCCGAUUAAUUCUGUUAUCCGGUUAUCAGAAGAAACUAAAAUAGCAAAUGCUGGAUCUAGCAAGCAGCCCAUGACUCAUGAAGGUGUUACUUCUAGAAGUUUUCCCAGUUCAGCAUCAUCACAAAUUCCCCAGGAGAGACUCUUUGAGGGUAAAAAAGCUGUGGUUAUGGAAAAUGUUCCGAACUGGAAGGCAUUAUCUAGUCAAAGCCACUUAAAAAAUGCCGUUCCUUCUGGCAAUGGCGUCUCUGGUUUCGGACCAAGCAAUUAUGCCCAGGCUCCAUUAGAUAAAGUUAAGCCCAAGGUAUUCUAUGGAAGAACUCAGGAUGAUGUUAAAGUAAGUACUGAUGCGUUGGCCGAACAAAAUCGAGGACCUAGAAUUAACAAAUUGAAAAACCAAUUGGCGGUUAAAGCCUACACAACGAGGGCGGGAGAUUCUGAUGCUCAAGGAAACAUUAUUAUCUAUACAGAUAAAUAUAACAAGGGUGAUUUUCUGGUUGAUUAUACGAAUGCUAAGUUUUUUGUAAUCAAAUCAUAUAGUGAGGAUGACGUGCACAAGAGUAUAAAAUACAAUGUUUGGUCGUCUACGCCUAACGGAAACAGGAAGCUAAACAGCGCAUAUGAAGAUGCUCAGAGAAUAGCUGCUGCAGAUUCAAAAGGCUGCCACAUUUUUCUCUUCUUCUCCGUCAAUGCCAGUGGCCAGUUCUGCGGUGUUGCUGAAAUGACUGGUCCUGUAGAUUUUCAUAGAGAUAUGGAUUUCUGGCAGCAAGACAAGUGGAGUGGUAGCUUUCCUGUUAAGUGGCACAUCAUAAAGGAUGUGCCAAACCCAAAUUUUAGACACAUCAUGCUAGAAAACAAUGAGAAUAAGCCAGUGACUAACAGCAGAGACACGCAAGAGAUACACUACAAGAAAGGCAUGGAGAUGCUGAAAAUAUUCAAGAACUAUUUAUCGAAGACAUCCUUACUGGAUGACUUUAUGUACUAUGAAAAUAGACAGAAGAUCCUGCAGGAAGAAAAAGCGAGGUUGCUUGUUAAGAACUAUGAGAACCCAUACCUUGUGCCUCUAGUAGAUCAAAAUAGACAGAAGAUCCUGCAGGAAGAAAAAGCGAGGUUGCUAGUUAAGAACUAUGAGAACCCAUACCUUGUGCCUCUAGUAGAUCCUCCCCUCAAUCUUAAUCCUAUUCUUGAUCCUUCUCCUAGUGAAGAUAAGAAAGUCGUCUUGCAUGAUGAUUCAAGCAGCUCCAACAAGAAUGAGUCUUAUUCCAACGAAGAGGUUUCAAUGCAUGUAGUAUCAGUGGAUGGGAAACCAAACAUUGAGGUCGAAUUAAGUUUUGGUUCACUAACAAUUAAUCCGAAAGAGUCUGAUUCCACGUCUUUGGUGCCUGAUACUGAUAGCAAAGCAAACACUGAACCGAUUGAUGUUGUUACAGUAGGGUCUAUGCCUGUCAAAGUUAACAGUUCCACUGGAUCUUCUGGUUUUUUAACGGUUGGAACAAUCCCACUUGAUCCUAGAGCUCUCCAGCAUGGUGGUGAUGGUUACUCUAGCAAAAAUGGAUCUAAAAAAGGGUGA